AUGCGCUUCUAUCAAGUCCGAGCUUUCAUCAUCGCUUCUUGGGCCGCGUCGGCCUACGGACUAGUGAUUCCUGAUAAGACUCCCAUCGAAGGAUAUGGGAUUUUCGUCCCACAGUGGGAGUUCGAUACAGGCUUCAGGGCUGAGAAGGUGGUCGUGAAUGGCACGGUCGAGGAUCUCUUGGAAGAGCUCCGCCUCCAUGGAUCUCUGUACGAGCAGGCUUUGGGCCCAGAUUUGGCUUCUAGUACCUCCUCUCCUGUCUUAAAGAAGCGGAACGACUUCGGCGAUGGUCGCGUCAUCUGCUACAACUUCCCAAAAGGCUUGAACGCCGCUGCGAGAGACGGCAUCAACCUACUUAAGCAGAUCCGACACAGAAGACCUACAAACCAAGCCGGCCCGGGAGAAUGCGGUCGUAUGAGUUGCUCCGAAAGUACGGCAAUCUGGUGGUGCAAUGAGCUUCUGCACCAGCUUCUCUGUGUUCGCAUACCGGAACCGCCGCUCCCGAAAGACGUUCUUGUCGGGAUAGACUCAGUCCUACAGCAGCAGGUAUCACAUCGUGUCCUGAUUGUGGCGGGUUCUAUCCAACCAACAAUCACACUCAAACGAACAAACCGUAACGGCGUUAGAGUUACGCUCUGGAAAGGUGACAUCACGACUCUCACCGGCAUCACUGCAAUCACCAAUGCCGCGAACAGCCAGGGACUCGGAUGCUUCCAGCCGCCGCACCGCUGCAUAGACAAUGUGAUUCACUCCUGCGCUGGGCCCCGGCUGCGGGACGAGUGCUACCGGGUCAUGAAUCAAAGAGGUCGUGAACUCGGACCGGGCGAGGCGAUAGUCACAGACGCGUAUUGCCUACCAGCGAUGCAUGUGGUGCAUACAGUCGGGCCGCAACUGCAACGCGGCUCAAAACCAACGAUAACCGAGACGCAACAGCUCACCCAAUGCUAUCACAGCGUUCUUGACGCAGUCGAGCCGCUGCCCUCGACGCCGGAUGGCAGGAAGAUUGUCGCGUUAUGCGGCAUCUCGACCGGCUUGUUCGCCUAUCCGGCGCGAGAUGCAGCAGCCGUCGCGGCCAGCGCAGUAACAGAUUGGCUCGAGCACCACGAGGAUACGUCCAUCACCGAUAUCAUCUUCAACACCUUCACGGACGCAGAUCAUGCCAUCUACCAGGAGAUCCUAGCCUCUCCCCCGCAUACUACAUGGAUGGGCCGGUCGCCGACGCCGGCAAGUGCGAAUCAUCCGCCACUGAUCCAGUGCGACUCGCUGGACCGGGCCAGGCAGUGGCUGGACGCCGCUGACGCAGUCAUUGUGAGCGCCGGUGCCGGUCUCUCUGCUUCCGACGGGCUGGAUUACACUUCGUCGGCCCUGUUUGCCAAGAACUUUCCCGGUUUCUUGAAGUAUGGGCUGCGAACUCUGUACAGCGUCUUUGGCUUCACUUCUUGGCCAACGGAACAAGUCCGCUGGGGCUACUACUUUACCCACUUGGCAAUGAUCGAGUCUUGGCCAAAAUCCGGAAUGUACCGAACGCUCAUUCCAUGGCUCGAGAGAUUUGGAGGAAACGCCCAUGUGAGAACAUCUAACGCCGAUGGCCUCUUUGUUGCGAAUGGGCUAUCGCCAGAGAAACUUUCAACCCCUCAAGGCUCAUACUCUGUCUUCCAGUGUUUGGCAAAUUGCCGACCGGAGGCAACAAUGCCAUCGGCACCUUUAGUUGCAGAUGGGCAAGCGUUCUUAGAUCCAGUAUCUCAAAUAUUGACAGAACCAAGCAAGGUGCCCCUUUGCAAGUUUUGCGGCGGCAAAAUGAACAUCUGCGUGAGGGCAGGGCACUGGUUCAACGAGAAGCCCUUUGAAGAUGGAGAGAAGAGAUGGAAGCAGUUCCGCCGGGAUGUGGUGCAUCGUGAGGAAAGAACGACAGUGAUCCUAGAGCUUGGCGUAGGGAUGUCUACGCCGGGGGUCUUGAGAUGGCCCAACGAGGAUCUCGUCAUGAGAGGUGGGGGAAGAGUGAAGCUUGUGAGGGUGGGUAAGGGACCCGAGACGGCCGUCCCAUGGAAUUUGGAGGCAGAUGGGCUGGCGACAAGUAUAGACGGCGAGAUCUCAGCGGUGGUGAGCGAACUGCUCAGGGCACGAGCAUAGUUGAGAUGGGUUCAGCCAAAGGAUUGGUGCGUAAUUCUGAAAAACUUCGGUCGAUGGAGUAGGGCGUCUCAUGCCGAGCAUCAGAUAUUGAGAUGAAGGUAAUCGAUGAGAGUCUAAUCCCGAAGAGGGUUUGACUCAGGAGCACCUCGACGACUACAGGCCGAAGAAUCUCAAUUUCCAAAUGUCAGAAACGUGCCUCACAAAAGAGAAACCGUGGACCUGCAUUUCCGCCACUUGUAAAGAAUGGGUAAACCAUUCAUUACGAGGGUCAUACGGUCAAUACGAUUCGU